AUGCUUAAUCGUUUGAGUAAGCCCACCAUUUUAAGGCGAGCAGUGGUUUCGAAUUGUGGUGGCCGCUUGUCCAUUACCACAAUUAAAUCAAGACCAACCCUAAUCGCCCACUCCAGGCCUUUUCAUGGAGGGCGUGUUCUUCUCCAGGAAAAUACUCCAAAGAGGGAAUUCUUUUCAACGGGUUUUGGAAAAUUAAUUAAAUGGUCAAUUGUUACAUCGGGUGUUAUUGUAUCGACUGUGGGUGUGUCUCUGCUCGGAUUUUUUAUCUAUGAUUCUACAACAUAUAAAGAAUGCGAUGUUCCCGAAUUUAUUGAUGUUCCUAAAUUGGCCCUUUCUCCAGAAGUUGGUGGUCCUGAAAAUUUACCUAUCCUGAGAGAAAACUUAGAUGCAUUUGAUUCUGAAACAAAAGAAAAAUUGUCUUAUAGACCCAAGUUGGUCGUUCUUGGUUCUGGCUGGGCAUCUGUUGGUCUAUUAAAAUCAUUGAAACGUGGUGAUUAUGAUGUAACUGUGGUUUCACCACAGAAUUACUUUUUGUUUACACCCUUACUUCCUUCAGCUGCGACAGGUACACUUGAAGUAAAGUCGCUAAUGGCGUCAAUCAGGAAAAUUGUAAAUGAUGUUAGUGGUCACUAUCUUGAGGCCAAAGCAGAAAAGGUAGAAUUUGCUAGUAAUUUGGUAAAAGUAUCUCAAGUUAAUCCUCAGACUGGGGAAAAGAGAUGUUUUUACAUACCGUAUGAUAAAUUAGUUGUUGCAGUUGGCUCGACUGCUAAUACCCAUGGCGUGGAAGGGUUGGAAAACUGUGCCAGACUGAAAACUGCAGAAGACGCUAUUGAUCUCAGAAGAAGAAUCAAAAACAUUCUAGAAGUUGCCUGCCUACCAACAACUACCGAUGAAGAGCGUAAGAAGAUGUUGAGCUUUGUUGUUUGUGGAGGUGGUCCAACCGGUGUGGAGUUCGCUGCCGAAGUUUUUGAUCUCUUGAACGAAGAUUUACCAAAGACGUAUCCUAGAAUUUUGAGACAAGAAGUCUCGGUUCAUAUUAUUCAAUCCAGAUCUAAUAUUUUGAACACAUAUGAUGAAACUAUUUCUGAGUAUGCAAUGCAAAGGUUCAAAAAGGAAGAUAUCGACGUAUUGAUUAAUUCCAGAGUGGACAAGAUUUUGCCAGAUAAAGUGAUUUUCAAACAGAAAAAUUCCUUGACUGGAGAAAUCGAAUUGAAAGAGCUGCCUUUUGGACUUUGUCUGUGGUCUACCGGUGUUGCGCAGAAUCCUUUAGCUAAAGAAAUUGUUCAAGACUUGUCGUCGUUUCAAAGAAAUAGAAGAGCAAUUGAAACUGAUUCUCACCUAAGGGUAUUAGGGGCUCCAGCCGGCCAAGUUUAUGCUAUUGGUGACUGUGCUACUGUGAGAACAGAUUUGGCAGAGCAUGCUGUGGAGUUUGUAAGACAGUUUAUUGUCAAUAGACAUUUGCACCCUUCUAGGAGUACGGAAAUUAUUACGGAUGAUGAUAUCAAACACUUAUCUCUUUCCUAUGAAGAAAUAUAUGAUUUAGCCAGAGAGUUGGUAAGACGCCAUCCUCAAACAAGAGAGCAUUUGUACAACGUGGAGGACAUUUUGCCCAAGUAUGAUGUGAAAAAGUGUGGGUCUUUGGACUUUGAUCAGAUCACCCAAUUACUCAAAGAGGUUGAAAGCAAAGCUACUUCGUUACCUGCUACCGCCCAAAGAGCACAUCAACAGGGCAAAUACUUAGGUAAAAAGCUUACGAAGGUUGUAAGGAGCUCGGAAGCCCAGCUUACAAGCGAGAAUCCCGAUCUCAUUUCAGAUGAAUCGGUUUACAAAGCCUUCAAGUAUGUUCACUUGGGGUCUCUAGCCUAUAUUGGUAAUUCAGCUGUGUUCGACUUGGCUCCUGGCUAUUCUUUCGUCGGAGGAUUGAUUGCUAUGUACCUGUGGAGAGGUAUUUACUUUGCCCAAACAGUAUCCUUAAGAACAAGAGUUCUCUUGUUCAUGGAUUGGUUAAAGAGAGGUAUUUUUGGAAGAGACAUUUUGACGGUGUAA